AAGACAUCCGUCCAGCUAGCAUUGUGCUCAUCCGUUAUCGAAUUAACCCCACGAACCACCCUCGGGAUAUUUGAGAUUCACAUGGGGUACUGCAGAGGAUAAGCUCCUGCUUGGUCGAAUGAAGAAGCUCGUGGGUGCUCCAUAGCGGCAGUGUAGCAUCGAUGAAGCAAUACCUUGAUUUGAAAUCUCCCCCAAAACACCCCCCGCUCUCGCUUUCUAUGCUUCCGCACCGUGGCUGAACCCGAGAUGGCUCGGAUGCGACGGUGUGCAUUGCCGAAAAGAAAUAUACCGGAUUUUCAUCAAGUGCCGAGGCCACUGGAUAUGGUAGGUGGGAUAGAGUAUGGCGCCUUCAGAUUAGAAUCGUAGGUUCGAUACUUAACAGAGGAUCCCCCUCCGUGCCGCUGAGGGAACUCUCUGGAAAGAGACGUGUUAGGGCAGUCAACUUUGCGACUCCCUAGCGACAAUGGAGGCAUUCCGAGUCGACGAACCCACCAAGGGCACCAAGACGAGCGGCGGGGAAGUCGGGCACCGGAUCGAGACCGUGGUUACCGUCGCGGACCACGAUGCCGCCGACGAGCAGCGCGCCGCCUUCUUCGAGCAGUUCGACUCGGCUGGCGGGGAGUGGCACCGCGGGAUGGCGCGGCGCCUCAUGCGGAAGAUCGACGCCCACCUGCUCCCGAUGCUGAUCCUGAUGUACCUGCUGAACUUCCUGGACCGAAACAACCUCUCGCAGGCCCGGCUCGGAACGCUGGAGGCGGACCUCAUGAUGACCGGGACCGACUUCAACCUCGCGACGAGCAUCCUCUUCGUCGGAUACCUGCUGAUGCAGCUCCCGUCCAACCUGCUCCUCACCCGGGUGCGGCCGUCGAUCUAUCUCGGCGCGGCCAUGUCGAUCUGGGGCAUCAUAUCCACGGCCCAGGCCGCGGUCCGCACGUUCGCCUCUCUGGUCGUGUGUCGGUUCUUCCUCGGGUUCGCCGAGGCCCCUUUCUUCCCGGGCGCCGUGUUCCUGAUGUCAAGCUGGUACACGCGCGCCGAGCUAGCCCACAGGAUCGCGUGGUUCUACUCGGGACACUCGCUCGCAAAUGCGUUUGGCGGCCUGCUAGGCGCCGGCGUGCUCGGGAAUCUGAGCGGCGCGCAUGGUAUCUCCGGAUGGCGCUGGCUGUUCAUCAUCGAGGGCACCGUGACGAUCGGCAGCGCCAUCUGCUCGACCUUCGUGCUCCCCGACUACCCGGCGACGACGCGGUGGCUCACGGCGGAGGAGCGCGCGUACGCGCAGUGGCGGCUCGUCCGCGACGCCGGCGAGGGGGACGCGGCGGGCGCGUCGACGGUCCGGGAGGGCCUGGCGCUGGCGCUGCGCGACCCGCGGCUGUAUCUGUUCACGCUGCUGCAGCACGCGUCGCUGCUCUCGCAGACGUUCCAGUACUUCUUCCCGACCAUCGUGCAGACGCUGGGCUACGGCACCAUCGAGACGCUGCUGCUCACCGUGCCCGUGUGGGUGCUGGCCUUCGUCGUCUCCCUGAUCACCACGUACACCGCCGGCCGCUACGCCGAUCGCAGCAUCCACAUCAUCUGCCUGAUGCUCAUCUCCGUCGCGGGGAAUAUCAUCGUCGUGUCUACCCUCAGCACCGGCGUCCGCAUUUUUGCCCUGUUCCUUUUGCCCCUGGGUUCGGUGCCUGCUUACCAGACUAUCCUCGCCUGGGUGGCCAACAGCUUCCCGCGGCCGCUAGUUAAGCGCAGCGCCUGCAUCUCGAUCGCUAACAUGAUCGGAAACUCGGCUAACAUCUACGGCACCUACAUGUACCCUGCGUCGGACGGGCCGCGGUACCUGGCGGGGGGCAGCAGCACGGCCGCGGUCGCGCUCCUGACCGCGCUACUGGCCCUCGCCGUGCGCCUCGUGCUGCGCCAGCAGAACCGCGCCCUAGCAGCGCGCGAGGGGGCUGGCGAUGCGCCGGCGCACGAGGCCGCGCCCGGCGAGCAGGCUAGGCGGCCUAGGGCCACUGUCGGCGGCGCCCUAGCUGCCCCGCCAGGGUUCAGGUACAUUCUCUGAGGGGGACGGGAGGGGAGAGCGGGCGAAGGACGGACAGCUCGGCGUCGACGCGGAGGUGGCUGGAGCGCAUAGCGCACGGGUAACCUGGCUUGUGGAGGGGAUGGGGAGGGGCCGCGGAGGAGGAGGCAUGGUGGCGGCUAGCAUUAGGCUCGGAUCCGUGAUACUCCUCCGGAUUACCUGCGUACUCCUCCUGCUAGCGCUGCUGCUACCUACUGCUGCGGCUCGAGGCCGCAUUGGAGGUCUGGUGAGGCCAAUAUCUACUGCGUGGCGUUUGCGACGGGGC